CAGCCAACUUCGAGUGUCAAAGGCAGAACCUCGCGGCUCAUCAAGCAACAUCCGUCUCGGACUCUUGAUGGAUUGUGCUAAGACCUUCCCAGCCAACUGUCGUCCGAACUGGAUUAAGCUCGCCUGAUUUUAUGCUCCACCAUAUUCCCAACUGACAUGAUGUAUAAAGGAACUUGGCUCCCACAUACCUUCUCAAAUCCACUCAUCAGCCCACUCACCAUUCUUUCCUUCAAUCCCUACCUGUUCCAUUCGUUUCACUGCCGGCCAGUCUUUAUUGUAUUCCUUCAUCAUGUAUACUUCCGUUUCAAAGCUUUUUGCUCUUGGCCUCUUGGCCGCCGCUCCGCUGGCAUCGGCUUACGCUAUACCAGCUCAAUCUCAAGACUUGGCCAGGUCUGUUGAACCGGUCGAGGCUAGACAUCACACUGAGGCGCAAAUCCAGGCCAAGAAGAACAAAGCUUCAAAAAGCGCUCGAGACAUUGAGAUCCUCGACAGUCGGGCGCCUCAUCAUACUGAGGCGCAAAUUCAGGCCAAGAAGAACAAAGCUUCAAAAAGCGCUCGAGACAUUAAGAUCCUCGACAGUCGGGCGCCUCAUCAUACUGAGUCUCAAAUUGCCGCCAAAAAGGCUAAGGGCGGUAAGAAUGCCCGUGAUUUAGUUGCUGAAGAGGCUCUUGAGACUCGCUCUCCUCAUCACACUGAGUCUCAGAUCGCAGCCAAGAAGGCAAAAGCUUCAAAAAAUGCUCGCGACAUUGAGCUCGAAUCUCGUACCCCUCAUCAUACUGAGUCUCAGAUCGCUGCUAAGAAAGCAAAAUCUGGAAAAAAUGCUCGUGAUCUAGCAGCUGAUGAGGCCCUUGAAGACGAGGAGGAUGCCGCUCUCGAGAACCGCGCCCCUCAUCAUACCGAGUCUCAAAUUGCAGCGAAGAAGGCCAAAGCUGGAAAAGAUGCUCGAUCUCUAUAGGUACUAACGACCUUGUUGAAAUCUAAAUCGUCAAGGAGAAAGCCUAGAAUAUGGUCCUCUCCCGAGUCCACUAGUGUUCCUUGCAGUUUAGGUCUUUACUUCUGUGGAUCGUCUUAUAGUCACUAUCCGGGUGCUUUCCCUAGGACAAAUGUCUGGCUUAGCUUGUACUACUUUGUAUAAAAUUCAUAGAUUCUGGCAGUCUAA